UAGUAGUCAAAAGCCUUAUCCUUUAUUGGUGAAUGCGGCGAAGAAGUACUACUCGGGGAAAGUAUCUACUGACAUUCGUGCAAGUAGACACAGCAUGCGGAUUGACAGUCUGAAGCAGCUCUCGAUGCCCGAGAUGGCGAACCGAGGACGUCAAUUGCAAAAAAAGGAUGAGGCGCGAGCAGUAAACUCUGACUGUUUCGUCAAUUUGCAGCACCAACGUGCGACGCAGGGAGCACCACAAAGCCAGGCUUCAGGGAACAACAUCGCAGAGCAGCCUCUUGAUCUUCAUGACGAGGACUUACUCCUAGAAAUGUGCGCCAGUGAAGAAGAAAACGAAGCUGGUGACGCUAAUGCCGGUGGCGUUCAGUCUUCAACAACGAAAAACAAAGUCAAGAAAAAAGCGAAGCCGAUCUGGUUCAAUAAAGUCAAAGGGGCUGUGAACAUCCUCGCUUCGGGAAGUUCUCUCUACGGUGAUUCGAGUGGUGACGCGACGAACACGGAGGGAGAGAACGAGCUCCAGCCAAUGCUACUGAACAAGAAACCGAAGAAGCCAGCAUCAACAGGAACAAUGGACAAAAAAAAAACACAAGAAAAGGAAAAGGGCGAAAAAGUCUCGUCUUCAGUUUCUACUCCUACAUCUGCGACUUCCUCGUCUGCGGUGCGUGAUCCUACUAUUCGAGAGAAAAAAGCUGUUGCUGGUGUCUUUCCACAAGAAGAAGCGUCGUUGAUAGGAAAAGCUUCUGCAGGCG